GCACCUUGAAGGCCAUAUACUGCGCCUGCGUCUUGAGUACCUCCUACUGCAUACGCUCAUAUACUCUAUCAUCACUGUAUUCUUUGCCUUUGGAACGACAAACACAGAAGCGAUGGGUCCUGCUGUGUCAAUGCUGCCCGUACUGGGCGCCGCAGCCGCUACAGUGAUAUCUGCAUUUCGACGCCCAGCUCCCAACCCGACGAUGGAUGCACUACAGAGAGCCAAAGAGGCCAGAGAACUGGCGCAGCGUAUCCGCGAUGAAGCGCAGGAAGAACGUCGACAUGCAAGGGAGCGUCUAGAAGCAUUGGAGGAAGCCUCAAGGAAGGCGCGCGAGGAAGCGCAUAGAAUGAUGACGGAGAUGGUGGAGGCGGAGAGAGCAGCGACGAAGGCGAGAUUAGAGGCUGAGGCCGCUGUACGGGAGGCACGAGCGGAUGCUGCGAGGCUCGCUGAGCAGGCAGCACAAGAACGGGAACGAGCCAGAGAAAUGCAAGAGCAGGCAAGAAAAGCAGAAGAGGCUGCAAAGGAGGAAGCGAAGAGAGCGAAAAAGAUAGCCAAAGAAGAGCGUCAAAAAGCGGAUGCUGCUCGAGCUGAGGCAGAAAAAGCAGCCAAAACAGCCAAGGAAGAAGUGAAGCAAGCCAUGUCUGCAAAGGAGGAAAUAGAGAAACGGUGGAAAGAGGGUAUACAGCCUGUCGUCACACCGACUGUAGCAGAGCUGGAAGCCGCAAAAAGGCGGGUACAGUACAAAGAGGGACUCUUUCAUUUCGCCGUUGCCGGCGUCGCAGGGAGCGGCAAGUCUUCCCUGAUCAACGCAUUUCGUGGUUUGCGCAACAGGGAAGCUGGUGCUGCUGCUACCGGUGUCACCGAGACGACUCGCGUCUUCGACAGAUACCCAGACCCUAAUCCUCAAUACCCGCUUGUUUGGUACGAUAUCCCAGGUGCAGGAACGAUCAAAAUUCCCGACUGGCAGUAUUUUAAUGCUCAAGGCCUCUAUGUCUUCGACUGCAUCAUUGUCCUCUUCGACAACCGCUUUACGAUGACGGAUGUUGCUAUUCUCAGCAACUGCGCACGGUUCAAUAUUCCCGCCUUCAUAGUGCGGUCCAAAGCAGACCAGCACAUCAGGAAUGUGAUGAGGGAGAUGGGGCACGAUAGUGACGAUGAAGAUGGUGAUCUCGGGUCGCACGACAGACUUUACAGGGAGGCGCGGCAGCAUUUUAUCGAUGAGACCCGGGAGAAUAUCAAGUCGAACCUCGAAAACGCCAACUUACCUGACAGACCAGUAUAUAUCGUUUCCAAUGAUACGAUCCUGUCUAUCGUCCAAGGAAAGGCACCUAGAAAGGCCAUAGACGAGGUCGAGCUGCUCAGAGACCUUGUCAACCAAACACUGGUUAGACGGAGUGGGGCUUCGGCGGCAUCUACAUCAUCCUGAUCGUUGAUGGUCUCCAGAAACCACUCACAAACUUGGGAUCACGUAUUCCGAUACUCAUAAUUACAUCCUACGUCCCGCAGAUAUUGGCUUGAAGUUCCUGCUUCAUACGAUUUACUAUGCGUCUGUCUUUCACACACCCAGUCCAUGAUAAUCAAUAAGUUGGGGUUACGCUGACGUCCGCUGGACUUUGUUACCACCGGGGACGAUACGACGAUAUAUAAGGAAA